AUGUGCCUGGCCGUAACACCUAUCACCUUUACCGGCUACUUCGGAGCCGGGUCAGCAGAGGCGCUGGCCCCAGCCCCGGCCCCGGCCCCGUCAACAGUACCUACCUUGAAUCUCAAUACAGCUCCGGCCCCGGCCCCGGCCCCCGCCCCAGAGCCUCUGGUACCAGGCAUGCCUAUCGUCACAGCCCUGGCAAGGGUCUUUACGGUGGGGGACGUCUGGAAGGAAUGGGGUGAAGGGUUUGCAGGUCAGAAGGCCGUACGGGAGCUGGAAGAGACGUGGGGAAGCCGCUGGCGCCCGGGGAACGGGGUCAGAGUGCAGUUCUGUCGCCGGAAGGUGAUCUGGGACGAGCUGUUGGCCCGUAUGGCGUCCGGCAAAUGCAAGGAGGCGGCCGUUGCAGAGCUAGAGCUGUUACGCGCCGGCCGAAGCUUGAACCGACUCGUCGACGAGCUCAAACAGCGCCGACGGCGGGGCCAGGAUCGGGGCCAGGGCCAGGGCCAGAUACGGGCCCGGGACCAGGUCCAACUCGAGGUCAGGGCCGUCGGGGCGGAGGACCCGGCUGGGAAAGCGGACCGCCCUCGUCGACGUAAGCCAGCCGCCUCGUAG